AGAGCGGGCGCAUGCGCGCUGAUGAGCGCAAUAGAUAACUUGCCAGAGAUGCUCAUGCCGGUGACUCAGCUGCUGUUCAGUCGAUUCAAAACUUGGCUUAAUGAUUUUGCAGUUUGACUUUACUGUUUGCGAUUUUAUCGCUGUUCGGUUAGUCUUACAAUGUGAAUGAAAGGCGGCUGGACUUACGCCUUUGCUGGUGUUAAUUUUUGAGUAAACUCUUAAGGAAUUCACUGAUCGUUGAGAGAAAUACAUUUACUUGUUGGUAGCUGCCGAAAAGAUGUUCUUCCGAAAUGCCAUCUGUUUGUUGAUUGGCUUGAUUGUGGGAGUGCGUCUCACCGAUUUCUGGGAUUACGUCAAGUUGCAGCGACUGAGCAAGAAUGAGCGGCUGAAUUAUACAAAUUUUACACAUACACACGCGCUAGCACAGGAUGCCGAUACACUUCCGGAAUAUUUGUUUAACAACACUCGGGUAUUGUGUUGGGUCAUGACUAUGCCAGAGAACCAUUUGGAGCGCGCGGUGCAUAUAAGGAAUACAUGGGGCAGACGGUGUAAUAAGUUGCUCUUCAUGAGCACCGAAAAGGAUGAUUUUUUGGAAACUGUACGCUUGGAGGUGCCUGAGGGUCGCGAUUAUUUGUGGCAUAAGACGCGCGCUGCCUUCAAAUAUAUUUACGAACAUCAUUUAAACGAUGCAGAUUGGUUUCUUAAGGCCGAUGACGACAGUUACUUUAUUAUGGAGAACCUGCGUUCUUUUCUCUAUCAAUUUUCUGCAGAAGUUCCGGUGUAUUUUGGUUGCAAAUUUCAUCCAUUUGUCAAGCAGGGUUACAUGUCUGGUGGUGCCGGUUACGUGCUGAGCCGUGCCGCGUUGCUUCGCUUUGCUGAUGUCGCCCUCUCCAACGGCACCGCGUGCUCGCAAAAUCAACUCUCCGAGGACAAAGAGAUGGGAAUUUGUUUGCAGAAUGCCGGCGUUGUAGCUGGGGAUGCGCGCGACGACGAGGGCGCCGAACGUUUCCAUCCAUUGGCGCCAAUGCAUCUGAUACCUGUCGAUACGUCGGAAUGGUACCCGUUGUACCUGUUCUAUAAACGCGAUAAGAAUCUCCAAUGUUGCUCGCGCAGUGCCAUUUCUUUUCAUUACAUUAAGCCGAAGGACUUCUAUGUUUUAGAUUACCUCCUUUAUGUAUUACGUCCAUUUGGCGUUGGAAAUACGGCGUCCAAGUUGCCUGCCAAGGUGAAUAUGGCGUUGCUGAUGGACAAAUGGAAGCACGAAUUAUCUGAUAAUAUUUUUAAGGAUGAAGAAUAAAUAGCGUAAGACAAAUGUAUGUGUAUGUAUGUAUGUAUUUCUAGAAAAAUAUCUGAACAAGAUUAAAUGCAACAAAUUAAGUACU